CCUGAGACGAAGACCUGACGUCACUUUCCGAGGGCGGGGUCGUGUCGGGAGACAGGCACAUCAUCAUCAUGCAGGAUACAUUGUUGAGGCUGCAAUGAUGCAGGAGUACGAGUAAGAAGAGGCGCUGCAGGUACGGCGAGAGAUUUUUUUGGUUUCACACCUAUCUCUAUUAAACCCGUUUCUCCCAUAAUGUCGGGCGGGGAUCUUCGCGUUCUUCGCCAAGAGCCGGGGCAGGAGAGCCCGAGGAUGCCGGCCUGGAAACGCGAGAUCCUUGAGCGGAGAAAGGCGAAGGGCGGCGGAGCAGGUGCCGAGUCCGUCGCAUCUCGACAUAACGGCGAGGUAACUGGCAGCAAAAGCAAGGAUGAUAUCACCGGCGCACAAUCUAGCACGAACUACACCAUUACCGCUGCCAAGCGCGCGACCAAAAGCCCGGAUCUGUCACCGGUGAAAACAAAAGAGCACUGGCUAUCCGCGGACCCGAGCCGCACGGAGGAGAGCCUGGUAUUGCAAGAGAGCUUGGGUCCGCUGCAGGAAAACCCAUUCAUUAAACUGGAAAAAGAACGCAAGAAGCGUCAGAGCCAAGAGAACGCCGCGCGACCUGUUCAGCACAUCCUCGAGUUAUACGGCAACGUCCCCGGUAUACGGACUAUACGCGCUGACAAUAUCAUCAUCAUUGAAUCCGACCCGGAGUACUUCUCGGAAGGAUGUGGUUUGAAACAUGCAUCGAAACUGCAGCAGAACGGCACGGUGAGCGGAUAUAGCUCUCUCAAUGACCUGUUGGACCGAAGAGGUAGUCCAGUUACUGAGAUACGCGCGAAGGAAGUGGUCAUUUACGAUACUGCACUUAGUAAAAGCGAGGAGAACCUCAGCACGCUGGGACGACCGGCUUCCUCCCCGCUGGAGGGGCAAGGCAGGGUGAGUCGCAUGCUACAGAAAUUUGACAGGAAUUAUGGCAAGCUGCAGCCCAAGUCACGCAGCACGGAAAACCUCCUGGACUUGGAUUCCAGUCCUAUCAGGCCAAGCCCUAGACCCAAGCCAGAUGCGGUGCCAAAAUGCCCAGAAUCUCCGCAAGCCGGUUCCUCACACAGUAAGGUCUUCCAAAAUGUCAAGUCUUCCAUGAGCAAUCAUCACACCUCUCCUAGUGGCUCAGGGAGUAGUACACCCGUUUCUGGAUCCCCUCAGUUAGCAUCUUCUGCAUGGAGACGUUUCGAGGGGAGUGGGGGACGAAGUGUCACUGUGUAUCCCAGGGAGGACACUGAGAGGUCUCCGUCCAAGCCUGUUAGAGAACGGGACUGGGACAGCAUAGAUGGGGCCUCUAAAGCCAAGGUGCCAUGCUCUCCAGAGAGCCACCAUGCCCGUGCCGACUGUACUCCUAGCCCCACAUCACCCCCUUUAUCGCCCAGUUUUGAGAUCCGUCCGUCCCCUCACCCGGAUCUUUCUCUUCUUCCGGCCGGUGAUCUACAGGCCCGUGCACUCGCCAACUUGCGACUCCAGUCUCGCAAUUCCUUCACCGUCAUUCCCAAGAGUCGAGCAGCCAUUUCGUCACCUGGCAGCACCGCCCCAUCCAGCCCUGUGCUUUCCCCUCCAUCCUCACGACCCCUGGUGGGAGUGGCAUCUUCAGAGCCCACAGUGCCAACCCCCUCGCCUGCUGCUCCCAUACCCUCCACACCAAAGCUUACAGAAAAGCUGACCAUAGAAGCCAAAACAGUGUCUCCGCAACAUACCCCACCUACCACACCCACCUCCCCAGCCCCAGCUUCUCCACCUUCAAUUGGCUCACCCGUCAAAUCAGUCCCAUCUCCGGAUGAUAAGCUGCCUAUCACAAACAUUGAUGACAUAGUCGUGGAGCCCACGCCGCCUGUUGUGAGCCCUGCAGUGCAGAGGCGCAAAGGAAAUACGUUUACAGUCGUUCCGAAACGGAGGCCCGAGGCCCAGUCUGACCCUGCUGAGACCCCAGAAGUUGUCAGUGAAUCUCAGAGCACACCACAAGCCCCUUAUGUCCACCUGGGAACCCUGAUUAAAAAGCGUUACCCUGCUGCAGAGGAGAUAGAGGUCAUUGGGGGCUACCUCUCUCUUGGGCGAUCCUGCCUUUCGAAGACUGGCUCAACAGGAAAAAAGCUGAAAAUAUCCUUCAACGAGUCCAGCCUGCAGAGCACUUAUGAAUACCCAUCCGAGAGCAGUGCGUGGGACAGUGGAGAGGACGAGGAGGAAGGAGGAGAAAAAGAAGGAGAAGAUGAUGGAGGGCUCAUUGCAGGGAGGAUAAGCAUUCCUCGCGCCAGCUACACCAGCUCACACACGGACUCCAACAACACCACGGAUCUUUCCAGUUACACACCCAAACACUCAGUGGAGUUUAACGCCUGGCAGGAACACAAGCUUGAUGAGUCUGCUCACCGAGGGGAAGAUACUUCACAGAGUACAGAGGAGGUUAUGCUGACACCUGCUGAUAGCUCCUCUCUGUCAGACUUCAGCAGUGAACCAGCGCUCUACUUCUAAACCUUCCAGAUGUCUGGAAAAUACGGGACCAACCGUUGCCUGCCUGCAAGCACCAGCCUGGAUGCAAAGAAACACUGUUCAGAACAAUGGAACCAGUAGCAACCAGCUAUAAACUAACAUUCUGUAUUCCACGUGUGUGCGCCAUCAUCAUCUUCAACAACAGCAGGUCUGUGCCCAUUGCUGGUCCACCGGGCAGAUGUAUCACUCACAUCCGGACGUGACCUCCUGUUGCCACCAGUUGUGAUUGUGAUGGAGUCUGUUAACAUGGAAAACGGCUCAAAUAGCCAUUCCACUCUUGAAUUUCACUCUUCCAUCACAUAAUUGCUCUUUGUCUGUAAUCCUCACCUCAUGAAAGUGACCAAAUUUCUAAAAGAGAGAAAGAUGAAAGACUGUCCUUAAAAUAGAGAAGGAAACUUGAGUGGGUGUAACGGGACUCCAAGAAGAGGACAAGAAGAGGGCGAAGCAACAAAAAAUGAAAUGAGUGACUUGUUUAUGUAUGACUGGUAAAAGAGUGCCACAAUCCUUGUUCUUUGUGACGUUUUUGUAUGUGCAUGUGUAGGUCUGUAUUGACAUGACUCCCAAACUAUACAAGUCCUUCACUUUAGGUUCAUUUGUAUGCCUGUGUUUCGUUCACGGUAGUCCUUUUUGAUGCACAGACUGAUAUUUACUAUACAGCCGAAAUACUAACGGUAUGUUAGUGUUGACUUAGUGAUUCUAGAUGGGUUUUAUAACGCAGCUCUUAAUUGGUGAGCUGGUAAGCUCAUUCAUUUUUACUUUGCUUUUUCAUGGUGAUAGAAUUUAUUAAUCACUCAACAUUUUAAUCAUCAUUUUGGUCACACAUGAAAACAUGAAUGCUGUGAAGACAUGCCCAGGUUGUAUUUCACCCCAAAAUAAAAACAAGAAAAUACAUUUUGCAUACACCACCAUUGUGACUUUUUUGUCAUGACAUUUUAACAUGUUUCCUUCCUACGUUUCUAAUUUUUAUAAUGCAAGUGAGUUUUUCCCGCAUUAUUAUCAUAAUCUAGUGUUUAUCUAAUUUUUGUACCCACACACACACACACACACACAAAAUACUGCAGUACAUAAUUGAAAUACAGUUUUUAUUUUAUAAUUAAAUACAUUUUCACUUGAUGGUAAUGAUAAUUUAUGUGGAUUAUUUUUGGGUUAUGCCUAAUUAUUCGCCCUCUAACACAAAUAUAAAACAUUAUAUUUAUUUAUUUAUUCCUUUGCUUUUGGAGUGAAAUAUGACCUGGAAGUGUUCUUGACAGAGAUUUAUGUAAUGCGAAAUUGCAGUAGCAUUGACCUACAUUUAUUUUAGUAUGUCAGUUUAAGCAGUUUGUCAAUAACCAUGCGUAAGUUUAUGUAAUUAUGUGUUUUGGACUGGACAUUCUUGUAGUACGAAUGGGGAGCGGUCAGUUUUAGUUAUGAAGGAAACAUUAUUUUGUGAGUGAGCAUGCUGUAUGUAUGGGCCAUGUGUGUGUGUGUGUGUGUGUGUGUGUGUGCGAAACAUGAAGACUACGUACACACAAUGCCAACUGACUUGAGUAUGUCAGAUCUGUUAAAUGGCUUUGGUGUAUCUGCUCACGUAUCUCCACAGCCUCUCCGACCAGUAUUGAUGUAUAGUUUGUGCACUCCAGGUUGAAGUUUUCAUAAUUUAUUUCAUGCAUAUUUUAAAGCUUUUCCAUAUUUUUAGUCACAGGGCAAACAGUGGCACCGAUGUGCUUUGGGAUAGUUUAUAUAUAUAUAUAUAUAUAUAUAUAUAUAUAUAUAUAUAUAUAUAUAUAUAUAUAUAUAUAUAUAUAUAUAUAAAACAAUAUACACUCACUAUAGUGGACAUCAUGCACAAAGUUACAUGAGUGUUGUUAAAACAGCUUACAUCUUAUUAAUUUGCACUGUUUUGUUUUUGCUUUAUUUUGCACCAUACACAGCUCUUGGUUGGAAUUAUGGCUUUUAGGAAUUACUUUCAUAUUAUAAAUUAUUUAAUAAAAAUGUAUAUGUGUCCAUAAAGCAUAACAUUGACUUAAAGCACCAGUUUAUCAGCUCAAAACUGCUGAUCAACAUUUUCUGCCCAUUUUCUUUAAAUACACUGGCUUUGUUCACGCUGUACACAAUUCUGUUUUGUCUUUUUAUUCAGUCUGUAGGACCAACUAUCUGUGCGGUUAUGUGUUGUUAAGGUGAAGAAGUUGGAUCCGUUUGUUCAAACAGUGUAGUCAAUACCUGUUAUAUCUACAUCAGUUGCCAUAAACUUAACCAUUGACAUCUGCUUGUGGAUGUCAGGAGCUGAUUGUUCUUAUUCUGAAAGUAAUGAAUUUGGAUCAAGUUCAAACAGUGUAGUCUGUAUCUGGUAUAUUUACAUCAGUUGCCACAGAUAUAACCAGUGGUGUCAGGUUUUGAUUUUUCUUUUAAUACAAAUCUUACUUUAAAUGUUGCCCCCCUCCCCCCAGACAAAUAACUAAACAUACACUGCCAUUCAAAUGUUUGGGGUCAGUAAGAUGUUUUUUGGUAACCCUUUAUUGUAAGGUGUGCUUGUUACACGUUAUAUGUACUUACUAUUAUAAUAACAAUACAUUAUGCAGAAUUACAUGCAAGUAACCCUAAGACAAACCCUAAUCCUAACCUUAACCAUAUAUAUAUGGUUAGUUCAUGUAGUUAAUAAAUAUUACUCAGUACUUAAAUGUAUAAUUACACUGUAACCAGGUCACCUUAAAAUAAAGUGUAACCUGUUUUUUGGUUUGGAAUGUAAUACAUUUCCACACCAAAACAAAAAAAAUAUAUAAAUUCAAAAAUGACAGUAAAGACUUCCCCUGUGUUUCUAAAAAACAAAAAAACAACAACAAAAAAAAAAAAAGUAUUUUGAACUUUCUAUUCCUCUGGGAAUAUUCAAGAAACAUAUAUUAUUUAAAACUUUCUGGAGGAUUAUGUAACCCUUAAGACUGGACUAACGUCUGCUGAAAAUUUUGUUUUACCAUCAUAGGAAUAAGUAGAAAAAGUUGCAAUAUUUCCAAAUAUUACUGUUUUUGCUGUAUUUUUUAUCAAAUGCAGCAUUGGAGAGCAUGAGAGACAUCUUGCAAAAGAAUAAGAAUAUCUUGCUGACAGUUUGUUUUUUGAGUCUUAUUUGAACGGUAAUAUAUUUGUGUGGGGGGAACACUUUUUUUCUGCCUGUCUGAACAAAGCCUUUGAACCUGUGUUUGUUUAAUAAUAUAUCACAUAAUUAAGGGCAAUUUUUGUUUAAGAGAAUGUUGAAUUUCACCAAGUGUUAGAACUCAGCCAAGUCUUACUGUACAUUGUAGUUCAGUAUAUCACUCUAGCACUCGGCUUAACUUCCCAGUCUACAGCAGAUCCUCCAGAUAUUCUUUGCAAACAUUAAAUUAUCUGGAGGGAUGUAUAUUAGACAUUCAGAGGGUUGGGAACUAUUGCUUUUUGUGUCUUACAAAAUGUAACGCCACUUCAAGUGCUUCAUUAGUUCCUGUAACUCUAGUCAAGCUGCUCAUUGCUCUGAUGGUUAAUGUACUGUAUGUCAAAACGUUUCCUCAUCCUUUCUGUUUCUUCAUCAAGAGUAUAUUAAAUGUACAAUUUGGUUUUGAUGAGGGGAAAAAAAUGUCAAACAAGGAAAUGUUCAAUAAACAUUUGAAAGCUA